UUGCAACCGGUCGCAAGGAUUGACCUCAUUGCGUUUAUGCGAAGCAGCUGUUGCUUUGACUAAUAAAAUUAGAGGCCGGCCGCAAUUUGCCUGUCAUGGCGGCCGUUUUUUGUUUUCGAAAUGUCAUUUUCGGUGGCGCGUGUAAAUUUAAAAGUGCCAAUUUUUUGUUGUUCAGAAACCUGGAGCAGAAGCAAGUACGCGGGUGCGCUAGUUACGUUGGAAAACAACGAUCAGAAUAUGAUUACGACUUGGUAGUGAUAGGAGGUGGAUCCGGCGGAUUAGCUGCCGCUAAAGAGGCAGCCGCAAACUUAGGGGCAAAAGUAGCUGUAUUGGAUUAUGUUACACCGACACCUAUAGGCACGAAAUGGGGCCUAGGAGGCACAUGCGUCAAUGUUGGUUGUAUACCCAAGAAACUCAUGCAUCAAGCUGCUCUCUUAGGCGAAGCUAUACAUGAUGCAAAAAGUUACGGCUGGCAAGUAGGGGAUAACGUCAGUCACAGCUGGGAGAAUUUAAAAGAUGCUGUGCAAGCUCACAUCAAAUCUGUCAACUGGGUGACGAGAGUUGAACUGCGAGACAAGAAAGUUGAAUAUAUAAAUGGUCUGGGCACUUUUAAAGACCAACAUACAAUUUCUGUGACUACCAAUAAAGGGGAUCGUCUACUAACCGCCAAAUAUGUUUUGAUAGCUGUGGGUGGCAGACCCAGGUAUCCGGACAUUCCAGGUGCCGUUGAAUAUGGCAUCACAAGCGAUGAUAUAUUCAGUCUGAACAGGCCUCCAGGCAAGACCGUUAUAGUUGGAGCUGGAUAUAUUGGAUUAGAAUGCGCGGGAUUCCUGAAUGGAUUAGGUUAUGAUGCAACGGUAAUGAUUCGUUCUAUUCCACUGAGAGGCUUCGACCAACAGAUGGCGAACAUUGUAGUGGCCGAAAUGCAGGAUAAAGGCAUAAAAUUUUUACACAGAUGUUUACCAAAAUCCGUGGAAAAGUUGGAUUCAGGUCGGUUGAAGGUAACGUGGACCGACAGCGAUAAAAACGAAUUUAACGACGAAUUCGAUACGGUUAUGUUCGCCAUUGGGCGUCGCGCCCUAACCAAGGAACUUCACCUAGAAAAUGCGGGCGUCGAGGUGGCGGGAGAUGGCGAAAAAAUCGACGCCGUCGACGAACAAAGCAACGUGCCGAAUAUUUACGCGGUCGGGGACGUUUUGUACAAAAAGCCGGAACUCACUCCGGUCGCGAUCCACGCGGGCAGACUCCUAGCCCGUCGUUUGUUUGGUGACAGCGCAGUCACGAUGAACUACGAAAAUGUCGCAACAACAGUAUUUACCCCAUUAGAAUAUGGAGCUGUCGGCAUCAGCGAAGAGACAGCUGUACAGCGCUACGGUGAAGACAACGUCGAAAUCUACCACGCUUAUUACAAGCCAACAGAGUUCUUUAUUCCUCAAAAGAAUAUCUCGCACUGCUAUCUCAAGGUAGUUGCCAAGAGGGAUGGCGACCAAAAGGUUCUUGGCAUGCAUUACAUUGGCCCGCAGGCCGGCGAAGUGAUUCAGGGUUUUUCGGCUGCGAUCAAGUGCAAUUUAACUGUCAAAGAUUUAAUGAAUACGGUCGGAAUCCACCCAACGAUAGCCGAAGAGUUUACGAGAAUAAACGUCACCAAGAGAUCGGGCAAGGACCCCAACCCCGCAUCUUGCUGCAGUUAAAAUGCCGACCCUUUGCCAUUGGAAGCACGAAAAGUCACGCCUUUACCACUAGGUGUAGCCAAUAAGCCUCCAUCAGUAUAGGGAGCCUUUAUAUUCUUUUCACAAUUGUGUUUAAACUGGUGGCAGCAACAUUUAAAAGAAAAACGUGGUUUCUUUACUUUUAGCAACUAGUUGGUUCUUUAUUAUUAUUUAAAUGCAAAAAAAUAAAUGCCUUAAUUUUUGUCAAUUUUUUUUUAUACUAGUACUUCAACUUUAUAUGGAUCAUAAACCCAGUGAUAUUGCCCUAUUUUAUAAAUUACAACAAAUACACAAUCUAUAAAACUAUUUUUCUUUAUAUUUCGUUUUUUAAGGGGUUAUGUUGUUACACUGUUGAUUUGAUAAUAGAUUAAAAUUUGUACUUAGGGAUGUUUUAUUGUAAUGCUCAAAUAAACUUGUAUUUUCACAAUU